CGGCAUUUCAACGCCCUCAAGUUCUGCCCUGAUUUCUUUCCCACAUUUCACAGUACUGCUUUGAUGUAUCACGAAUUGUCAAGAAAUUAUUUAGGUAAUCAUUUGAGGACUGCUUUCGAUUUUAUUUCAAAAACCUACCGCGGGAAUUGUGUCACGUGUUGCGGUUGUAAGGCUUGUUUCUCCGGUUUCUCUUCAUGAACUCUAAAUAAGUGUAUGAAUCGUCCCAAAUAGUUCAGUGGAUCGUCGGACAUAUGUUUUAUGUCAACGGUUUUAUAAGUGUGCCACGCCCUUACGUUCUGUGUUAGAGAUACGCAUUUGCAAUUCAUCGGAUAUCUAAUCCAGAAAAUACAGGAUAAUCUACAUUUAAAGUAGACGUACGAGAGAACAAGGUUUGAAGAGCCGGCAGUCGCCGCGGCAGUGGCGUCUGCUGUAUAAUUUGGUAAGGGAGGUAAAGUCGUAGAAUACGGGUUAUAAAGACGAUACUAACACCCUAAAUAUAUAUUCCAAAAUUAAAAAGCACUAAAUGUUCUUGAUAGUUAAAUUGGACGUUUUAGUAAUGUAAGGUUAGGGACGUGUCUUAUCUCUAGAGUUCAGUAUAUUAACGUGUAUUCUGGUUAUCAGAACUGCUUUUGAACCUUUCUUACCUGAUAACAAUACCUGCAUGCAUGCUUGAUAAUCUCUCGAUUAAUGGAUAUAAGUUCUAAUAUGGAAAAUACAAACAGUGUGAAAUUCUGUGGUGAUUCUGAAGAUACUGACAUGAAGCCUGCAAGUUGCUUGAGCAAGUUAAGGGCAUUAUUUAAAAAUGUCAAAUAUGUAAACGAACCUCUCCAGGCAUACAUAGUUCCAUCAGGAGAUGCACAUCAGAGUGAAUAUUUAGCUGAUUGUGAUAGACGCAGAGAAUUUGUAUCAGGAUUUUCGGGAUCAGCUGGUACAGCUAUUAUUACAGAACAUCAAGCAUGUCUGUGGACAGAUGGCAGAUAUUUUCUACAAGCUCUGAAGGAAAUGGAUCAUAACUGGACUUUGAUGAAAGAAGGUGUUCCAUCAACUCCAUCACAAGAAUCGUGGUUAUCAAAUAAUUUACCUUUGGGAUCCCGAGUCGGAGUUGAUCCAACUCUCAUUUCGUUUAGUUCAUGGAAGCCUCUGCAGGUGGCAUUGGAAGCAGCUGGUCAUUCACUGGUUCCUGUCACAACAAAUCUAGUAGAUUUGCUUUGGGAUGACAAACCUCCUCCACCAAACAAUGUUGUAGAACCAUUGACAUUAAAGUACACAGGAAAAAUUAGCAAGAACAAAGUUGAAGAAGUCCGAUCAAUGAUGAAGGAGAAAAAAGUUUCUCUUCUUGUGAUUACUGGGUUAGAUGAAAUUGCUUGGUUGUUGAACCUUCGAGGAUCAGAUAUUACAUACAAUCCAGUAUUCUUUUCCUAUGCAAUGGUGUCAUUAAGCAAUGUGUAUCUAUUUAUUGAUGAAAGUAAAAUAACUCCAUCUGUAAAAAAUCAUUUUAUUCAGGAAGAGAUUGAAGUUUCUGAACAAGAAGGCAAAAUAUGGAUAAGUUCUGAUGCUAGUUAUGCUAUUGCUGCUACAAUACCUGAGAAGCUUCGUGUAUGCGAGGUCACACCUAUAGCUUUGUUGAAAUGCAUAAAAAAUCCAACAGAAAUUGAAGGUAUGAUCAAUGCACAUAUAAAGGAUGCUGCAGCCUUAUGUUGCUAUUUUUCUUGGCUAGAGAAAGAGAUACCUAAAGGAACUGUAACAGAAAUAUCAGGCGCAAGCAAGUUGGAAGAAUUCAGGAAAGAGCAAGAAGAUUUUGUAGGUCUGAGCUUCAGCACAAUAUCAUCAGUUGGUCCUAAUGGAGCUAUUAUUCAUUAUCAUCCUACUGCUGAGACAGAUAGAGCUCUUACCACGGAAGAACUGUAUCUGUGUGACUCUGGUGGGCAAUACAAGGAUGGUACAACGGAUGUAACACGAACCAUUCACUUUGGUACGCCAUCACAGCAUGAGAAAGAGUGUUUUACAAGAGUUUUCAAAGGUCAAUUCUUUUUAGGGACCAGUAUAUUCCCUACAAAAAUUAAGGGCAAUUGUUUAGACACGUUGGCUCGGAAAUUUCUUUGGGAUAUUGGUUUGGACUACUUGCAUGGAACAAGUCAUGGCAUUGGCUCUUAUCUAAAUGUUCAUGAAGGGCCAAUGAUGAUCUCAUGGCGUCUUUGCCCGGAAGACCCAGGACUUCAAGAAGGGAUGUUUUUGUCUAAUGAACCUGGCUAUUAUGAAGACGGAAAAUUUGGAAUCCGUUUGGAGAACAUAGUUCGAGUAAUUCGUGCAGCAACACCACACAAUUUUAAAGAUAGAGGAUUCCUUACUUUUGAAACAAUAACUCUUGUACCGAUCCAAACAAAGAUGUUGGAACCAAGUUUACUUACAGAAAAAGAGAUUUCUUAUUUGAAUGAGUACCAUAGUUUGUGCCGUGAAAAAGUUGGACCUCUUCUGAAGAAACAACGUCACUUGGAUGCCUAUGACUGGCUUUUUAGGGAAACUGAGCCCAUUGGAUAAGAGAUGAGCAAAUAAAGAAAGACAAAAAUGUUUUUUUAUGUAAUCAACAAUGAUUGUUGUCAGUGGUUGGUUAGGUACUGGUUAAAAAAAUGGAAAUAGGGUAAUGUGAAUUUUAAUGUUAUUUGAAUUCAAAAAAUGUUGAAUGUGAAAUUAAGAAAAUAAGUUUCAAAUUACAAACUAAUGGAAUAGGUGAACAUGUUUUAUUGCUUUGCAAUAAUUUGUAUUAACAAGGUAUUAUUAAUGUUAUUUAAAAGGAAUUUUUUAUCCUGCUCUGUGAUUAUUUUCCCAAACUGAGAAGACUGUAUUCUGAUGCUACUAUAAAUUAUGUAUAUAGUAAAAUGUAAAAAUGAAAUUUUAUAUUGUAUUAUGUUUACUGUUCAUCAGUGGAAAGUAUUUUCUUAAAUACUUCGUGAUCUCUAGUACUGAGUUCAAAUCUGCAAAACUAACUGAAAGAGCGACAUUUGUAGGUUACUGAAGAAAGAUACCACCAUGCUUUUCUCUUUCUAAUAUACUUUUAAAGUUCUCUCGUUGAUUUUGUAAGUUAUAAUUCUUGCAAUUAUGUGGGUGUGUUUGCUUAUUGUAUAUUGGUAUAUGCAUUUUCUUUUAUCUAAGCUGAAUGAAUCCAAAAUGUAUUUAAAAUUGUUAAGUACAAUUUUUUAGAGUUAAUAAACAUUUAUUUUUGAAUUGAUGGGUUUAAUAUGGUUUCAAAACAAAAAUCUUGAAAUUGUAAUUGAUCGUUUACAGUUAUAAAGAACUUUUUCAAUAUUCACUGACUUGAUAUUCAUUUGGCUUCAACUGGACACUGGACAAUGAAAUAACAAAAUCAAAAACUUAGAAAAAAAAUAUUAAUGGGAAAAAAGAAAGAAAAAUGUUGGUUUUACUGCUGGAAUAAAACAAUUGUAUGUAACUGGACGAAUAACAAUUGUAUCAUUGUAUAGUUGUGUAAUAAGGUAGUCUCAGAAUAAAUUUGAUGAAUUCUUGACAUACUAGAAGUCAUAUUCUGACUCAAGUUUGUGGACAUUCUUUAGUUUAAAAUUGGGCCUAGUAAAUACAUGGCACUGUAAUUUUCUUGUCAUGUAAUCAUUUUAGAUAGGGUGGUCACUUUCUGGAAAACAGAAAAGUCUGAGAAUUUAAUUAAAAAAAAAAAAAUAGGAGGUUAAAAGGAGAGAGGAGAAAAUAGAAUCAAGGAGAAAUUACAGAAUGUUAAAAGAAUGGAAUUUUUGUUUAAUAUAGAUAUUAUUCUUCACAUAACAUUUACGGUAAUGUUUUAUCUUUGGCAUAAUUUUCAUACAUUGGCCAGAUAAAAUUAAAUUUAUCUUUCGCAUGGAGAACUUGGAGAGCUCACAAAUAGAUAAUGAAAGGAACUAAAGUUUUUGAAAUGUGAUGAGUUUGAGAGGAGUACUGGGCAAUUUCACCUUUACUUUAUCUGGGAGGGAGGGACCAUGUCAAGUGAUAUUAACACAAGUACUACAUUAUUUAUUAAUUAUGUACGAAGUAGAGAGAAGGAGGCAGCAAGAACUUUCAUAGAGGGGAGGGGGAUUAAAGAAGUCAAGCAAAUGUGAUUGCCAGUUUAUUAUCUCUACCCUGUUGCCAUUGCUGCUGCUGUUGUGGGGUGCCAUCCUUUACCUUGGGUUGUCUUAUGGCACAUCAUAGGAAAUAGAUCUCUUGUGACCUCUGCAGAAAAAACACAACUGCCAGAAGUACAGAGAGCCGUUUUGUUUUUGUGCAUUCAUGUAAUAAUUUUGAAGAUGAAUGGUGGAAGGGAAAGUGCCAUUUAUGGGGACUGUAGUAAGAAAAUUGAUCGAAGGGAGACAGUUGGAGAGAGAGCAUCAAAGGGAAAUUGUUCAGGACAAAGCAUCAUUUCUCUCUCCUCUUAUUACUCGUCUCUCUUUUUUCCGUCCCUCUUCUCUCUCCCACUCCUAUCUGCCUGUUAGUGUAAGAAAAUUGGGAGAUGCCGUAGAGAAAGAAGCACAUUGAUUUUAAUAUGGACCCAAGUUUACAUUUUAUUUAAUAUUUUCUCAAAAUACUGUACAAAUUUUGUUAGGGAAAAAUAAAAAUAAUAUUCUGUAAAAACAGGAAAUGUCAAGGAAAUUUGUUUCAGGAAAAUUGGGCACGGUUGAAUCCAAAUCUUUUUUUUUGUGAAUGGCCAUUAGGAAAAGCAGAAAAUUCCAACAGUUUUCUUGCAUUUUACAAGAGCUUAGUGUUUUGAACUGUCAUUUAUUAUUGAAAUUUUAACUAAAGUAUUGAGAAUAUUUACACACACACACACACAUACCAAAAAAAGCAAGAGAUCGAACUUCUGUGUUCAGAUAAAUAAUUUUUUUAAACAAUUGUGAGAGUACAUAAAACAAACAAUUAUAACAAUUAAAAUUUUAAAUUAUUAGAAAUGCAAAAUUGGCAGGAAAUGUUUUUCAAGUUUAUUUUACACUGGACAGUAGUAGGAUGCUAAAACUGUAUUAGUAUCUUAGUUUUGAUUUGUUCACCUGUGAAAGUCAUUGUUAUCCCAAGCAAGCACUUGACUAAAUAUUAAGAGGGAUAGGAUGGUUGGUUACAUUGGCAUUGUAAUGAAUAUGGAAGAAAAGGGCACUAAUGUGAUUUUAUAAUGGAGGUGUAUUUAACUAAGGAAAAAAGGGUAUUGCAGGAAGAAAAUAAAAACUAAUUUGUUUUUAUUGAAAAUGUUAAGGUAGAAAUUCUUACUAUUCAUUAUAGACAUUAAAAAAACUGGUAAUCUUGCCCAGCUGUUUAAAAAAUUACUAAGUCUUAUUUGGAAAAGUGUUGGUGGGACCAAUGACCUAUAGUUUGUAAUUUGUGUUACAAUGAACAUCUUGCAUGAUCUGUAAGUUUUCUGCACUGCCUAACAUUCAGUGUUUCUUAAUUCUAGAAACCUUUCACUCAGGAAUUUAGGAAUUUUUGGAAGUUAUCACAUUGAAAGUCUGUAAUCGAUCCUUGGGUCCUUCAAGAUGACAAAUUUGUGUUUGAUCCUGAAAUAAUUAUCGUUAAAAAAAAUAAGAUAGAAUCAUUAUUUUGAAUAAAUAAUCCACUAGAAUGCAUUUGGCCAAAUAUCAUCAAAAUUAAUCUUCAUUGAAGUAAAAGAUCUUGAAACUAUAAAUAACUACUUUAUUAGUUAUUAAUGUUUCUGGUUUAAUAUCAACAUCUUGAUGAAAUAAGUUUAAAUAUUUAAUCACAAUAGUCUCCCAAUCAUUUCUAUUUCAUUGUCAAAACUGAGCAUAUUGAUGAAGAUAAUUACGUUGUAUUGUUUUUUUAAAACAAUCUCAUGAUUUGUUUAUAUUUUGUUGAGUACUUUUGAUUAAACUUACAAAAGCUUCAUUUAGUACAUGGAAUCAACAUUG